UAUUACUUUGUUACAUCACACACACGCACACUUGAGAAUUGCAAUCUUUGGUAGCAAACUGUUUCAUCAUGAGAUAUGACAGACACUGGUUUAGUUUCAUGUUUGGUUUAUUUCUGUCAUGUGCUGUGAAGGUUCUGCUUGCUCAAAAUUUGCCAUACAAAGCUGUGAAUCUAGGAAACUGGUUGGUUGCAGAGGGAUGGAUGCAAGAACCCUCUCUCUUUGAUGGAAUUAUCAACAAAGAUCUCUUGGAUGGAACUCAGGUGCAACUGAAGUCCACAAAGUUUAACAAGUAUCUGGCUUCUGAAGGUGGAGGUGGAGCUGAUGUUGUAGCCAACCGUGAUUCAGCUUCUGGUUGGGAAACGUUCAAGCUAUGGAGGGUGAGUGACUCAUCCUUCAACUUGAGAGUGUUCAACAAGAAAUUUGUGGGGCUGGAAAAUCAUGAGGGUGGAAACAAAAUUGUAGCAGUUUCAGACUCACCCAGCACACCAGAAACAUUUGAGAUUGCAAGGGAUCUUAAUGACCCUUUCAGAAUCAGAAUCAAAGCAUCAAAUGGCAAGUUUCUACAGGUUCAAUCCGAGACAUCAGUGACUGCAGAUUAUGAAGGCACAAAUUGGGAUGAAAAAGAUCCAUCAGUGUUUCGUAUGAAUAUUGUACCAGACACCACUUUACAAGGAGAGUACCAACUCACUAAUGGUUAUGGUCCUGACAGAGCUCCUCAAGUCAUGAGGAACCACUGGAGCACAUACAUAACUGAAGAUGAUUUCAGAUUCAUGUCAGAAAAUGGCUUAAAUGCAGUGAGAAUACCUGUUGGGUGGUGGAUAGCUAAAGAUCCAAACCCCCCUAAGCCUUUUGUCGGAGGAUCAUUAGCAGCAUUGGACAAUGCUUUCAUUUGGGCACAAAACCAUGGAAUGAAAGUGAUCAUAGACUUACAUGCAGCUGAAGGUUCACAGAAUGGCAAUGACCACAGUGCCUCAAGAGAUGGAUAUACAGAAUGGGGAGAAUCAUACAUACCAAACACAGUUCAAGUCAUAGAAUUCUUAGCAGAAAGAUAUAGUAACAGACCAAACUUAGGAGGGAUAGAGUUGAUGAACGAACCAGUUGGUGUGAAUCUGGAGAGCCUGAAGAAGUAUUACAAGGAAGCUUAUGAUGCUGUGAGGAAGCACAACCCAAGUGCUUAUGUGAUAAUGUCAAACCCUUUGGAUGCAGAUUCCAAAGUGCUUCUCUCAUUUGUGAAAGGAUUUGACAGAGUAGUCAUUGAUGUGCAUUACUACAAUCUUUUCUCUGACAUAUUCAACAACAUGAGUGUUCAACAAAAUAUUGAUUACGUUAGGAAAGAACGAGCCUCAGAUCUCAGUGGGGUCUCUUCCUCAAAUGCUUUCAGUUUUGUAGGGGAGUGGAGUGGUGCUUGGAGUGUACAAGGUGCAACUAAGGAAGAUUACCAAAAGUAUGUCCAAGCACAAUUGGAUGUGUAUUCUAAUGCAACUUUUGGAUGGGCCUAUUGGGCCUACAAGUGCAAGUUCAACCAAUGGAGUUUCAAAUGGAUGAUCCAAAACAAUUACAUAAAACUCUAGAUUUUGGGGAAAUAAUAAUAAUAAUAUUAUUAUAAUUAUAAUAUAGAUAUGUUGUGGAUCCAAAGAAGAGGUCUAAAUUAAGAAAUUUGAGCACA